CAGACGCCUCGCGUGAAAACACUUCCGGUUUGCUCUCCAACUUGCCUUUCCACCGGAGCGGCUGGUGUGAGCAGAAACCAGGAGUGAACACCACGUAGACCAUAGGCUAAAAGAGGAUAUAAAGAUGCCCCCCAAAAAGCAAGAAGCCCCCAAACCACCUCCAUUAAUCGGACGUUUUGGGACCUCUCUGAAAAUUGGAAUCGUGGGAUUACCUAAUGUCGGGAAAUCCACCUUUUUCAAUGUGCUGACCAAAAGCCAAGCCUCUGCAGAGAACUUCCCAUUCUGCACCAUCGAUCCAAAUGAGAGCAGGGUACCAGUUCCCGAUGAGCGUUUUGAGUUUCUCUGCCAAUACCACAAACCAGCCAGUAAGGUUCCAGCUUUCCUAAACGUUGUGGACAUUGCUGGUUUGGUGAAGGGAGCUCACUCAGGACAGGGACUUGGAAAUGCCUUUCUCUCCCACAUCAGUGCCUGUGACGGCAUCUUCCACAUGACCCGUGCGUUCGAUGACGAGGAUAUCAUCCACGUGGAGGGUAACGUUGACCCUGUGAGGGACAUUGAGAUCAUCCACGAGGAGCUGCGACUAAAGGACGAGGAAAUGAUCACUCCUAUCCUUGACAAGCUGGAGAAAACGGCCGUCAGAGGAGGUGACAAGAAACUCAAACCUGAAUAUGACAUCAUGUUGAAGAUAAAGCAGUGGAUAGUGGAGGAGAAGAAACACAUCCGAUUUUACCACGACUGGAACGACAAGGAGAUCGAAGUAUUGAACAAAUACCUGUUCCUGACAUCGAAGCCCAUGAUCUAUCUGGUUAAUCUCUCAGAGAAGGAUUACAUCAGGAAAAAGAACAAGUGGUUGGUAAAAAUCAAGGAGUGGGUAGAUGCUCAUGACCCCGGUGCUCUGGUCAUCCCUGUGAGUGGAUGUAUCGAGUCUAAGCUGCAGGACAUGGAGGAGGAGGAGAGGAAAAAGUACAGCGAGGAAAUGAAGACACAGAGUUGUCUGACCAAAAUAAUCAAGACCGGCUACGCAGCACUACAGCUGGAAUACUUCUUCACAGCGGGACCAGAUGAAGUGCGAGCAUGGACCAUCAGGAAAGGGACCAAGGCUCCUCAAGCUGCAGGAAAGAUCCACACUGACUUCGAGAAGGGCUUCAUCAUGGCAGAAGUGAUGAAGUACAAUGACUUCAAAGAGGAGGGCAGUGAAAGUGCAGUGAAGGCUGCUGGAAAAUACAGGCAACAGGGCAGGAACUACGUGGUGGAGGACGGGGACAUUAUCUUUUUCAAAUUCAACACACCCAACGCACCUAAGAAGAAACCAUGAGACCACUUGAUCACCAGGGGGAGAACUCAGAAUACUGUUUAGCUGGUCCCCUUAGAGCUGCGCUGUCUGCUGGUUUUCAUUCUUCUCUUAUGAAUUCAGAGGAUCAAGUCAUGGCCUGGUUGGUCAGAGGUAUUCUACACUCAGAGGUAUUCUAUUCCUAUCUGUAAUAUUUGGAGCAAAUUUUCACACUGUACCAGCCAAACAUCUCUGAAAACACUUUAUUAAAGCUUUCAUGAUCUCAAUGAAGAACAGGUAUAGCUGAACUGAGAAAUAUAGUAUUUUUGAUAGAGCAUGAGCUGCACAUUGUUUUCUUAUUGAUGCUGGCCCUGUCCUGUUUUAAUAUGCAUCAAGUGAUAAGAGCUUGUCCUCUUUUUCUAGAUGCUUUAUGAUCAUUUACACCACAAUGCUGAGACAGUUUAUUUUGUUGUUAAUGUAUCUUUAAGACGGUAAUUCCUCUGUAUAAUAACAGCUUACCUUUCUGUCAUUAAUUGACUGUUAAUCGUCAUGUUAACUGCUGAUAAAUUGGCGAACUCUCAUCAUAACAACAUGUGCUCCUCUGAGAGUCCAAUUUCUCGAGUUGGAAAGUCGUUCUUCUGACUUCGGUGUGUUCAUGUGCUUUAAGUCAUGAUGUAAAAGCAACAUGGACGCUGUAUUUUAUUGCUCAAAGCAUUUAAACAACACAUUUAUGACAGUUUAAAGCUCUAUAUCACAAAGUGAUUUUGUCUCAUGCUUGUUGCUGCACCAGUACAUCCUCUAAAACUACUUAAAUAUUCCUUCUCCUGAUUAAUGCUAAUAAAAAACAUUUCUAAAUAAUCUAGCUCACUCUACGUGGACUGCAACUAAUGGUUACAACCUAAUACCAUAUUACAAAUUACAUGCGAGCAAAAAAGUGACACGUAAAUUUAUAAUUACUAUCAAUUGAACAUAUACUUUCGUCCGCCAUGUUUCUGCAUAUAUGACGUCAACUCUUGCCCUAAAUCUUUCCGAGUUGUUCUGACUUUGGGAGGUGUUCAUGUGAAUUUUCUCAGUCAGGAACUAAUUUUUCUGAUUAUUUUGAUACCACAUGAACACAGGGUGAAUUGGUGCUUUAAUACAGCCAGGUGUGUUCAAUCUGUGAAUCAGCUCCUAUAUGAUAAAAACUUGGUAAACAGUGCCACCAUGAGUGAUAGUAAUAUACAGCAUGUGUUGUUUGCUGCAGGUGCCUAAUCAGCAUUUAUUAAAAAAGGAAAAUAUGAGUAAGUUUAAGUCUUUGUCCCUAAAAUUACAAACUAGUUUCUCAGUUUAUUUAUGCCUUUUGCUCAGUUAAACAUUCCUGGAUGUGUGCUAAUUACAGUUAAGUCAUAAUACGUAAUAUGAUUAAGCUAAAAUAUGCAGUGUCUAUCAAAGUUUGACUGGUGCUGUGUUUACUGUUAAGAGAAAAUGAAAUCCAUCACUCAGUGUUGCGCUUUGGGUCGGUACUGUGCCGUAUUCUGAGAAAGAAGACUAUUAUUUUAAAGAGAGCAGGAAUCCCUGACAGUGCAGGAUGACUCACCUGAGUGGAGAUCGUUGUUGUACAUGCUGCUUUUAUGGACUUUGCUUUGGGCUAGUGAAAAGAAAAAAACAAGACGACAUUUACAUUAUGAACCCCGUGUUACGAGACAAUGCUUCAUUGUAAAUCAGCUACAAGAAUGCUCUGUGGAUCAUCUGGAUUGUACAGCUUCAUCAUUUCUCUUGUUUCAUCUCACUGCCUCCACAGUGUGAAUGUCUUUAUUUUCAAAAGCACCCAACAAUCCCGUCAUUACACAUACUGUGGAAGAUAGAAAAUCCAGUCACCCCGAGGGUGCCGGGAUGUAAUAUAUGUCAUCCUCAUCAAUAUGCAUGUGUCAAUAAAAGGAGACAAACCUGUCAA